AUGACGUCGAGAACUAUGAAAGCGCUGAACUACGUCGGGCCGUUCAAUGUCAGGGUCCAGGAGGUGGAUAUGCCCCGGCUGGAGCAUCCAGACGACAUCAUUGUCAAGGUUACCAGUGCUGCUAUUUGUGGCUCGGACUUGCACAUGUACGAGGGGAGAACGGCAGCAGAGGCUGGAAUCACAUUUGGCCAUGAGAAUCUAGGUAUUGUCGAGGAGCUCGGAGACGGAGUCACACUGCUCAAGAAAGGAGACCGAGUGGUCAUGCCAUUCAACGUCGCGGACGGACGGUGCCGGAAUUGCGAGGAUGGAAAGACUGCAUUCUGCACUGGAGUCAAUCCUGGUUUUGCAGGCGGCGCUUAUGGAUACGUCGCCAUGGGACCCUACCGUGGAGGCCAAGCACAAUACCUCCGCGUCCCCUACGCAGACUUCAACGCCCUGAAACUCCCCGCAGGAACCGAAAACGAAGCCGACUUCAUCUUGCUCGCAGACAUCUUCCCCACAGGCUGGCACGGUAUCGAAAUCUCCGGCUUCCAACCUGGCGACAGCGUCGCUGUAUUCGGCGCCGGCCCCGUCGGGCUGAUGGCCGCCUACUCCGCACAGCUGCGCGGCGCAUCGCGCGUUUUCGUUGUCGACCGUGUCCCAGAGCGUCUCCGCGCUGCUGAGCGUAUCGGAGCUAUCGCUAUUAACUUCACGGCGGGCGAUGCCGUCGACCAGAUUAUUGCCGGCAAUGGGGGCGAAAUGGUUGAUCGCUCGGUGGAUGCGGUGGGGUACCAGGCUGUUGGGAAUGAUAACUCGACUGAGGUGCCGAAUAUUGUCCUUGAGAAUAUGAUUAGGGUGACGAGGGCUUGUGGUGGUCUUGGGAUUCCGGGGCUUUAUGUUCCUAGCGACCCAGGUGCUGGUGACUCUGCUGCAGCAAACGGAAUGAUUAGUUUGAGCUUUGGAAAGCUAUUCGAAAAGGGCCUCACCCUCGGCACAGGCCAAUGCAACGUAAAAGCCUACAACCGCCAACUCCGUGACUUGAUCGUAGCCGGUAAAGCAAAGCCGAGCUUUGUUGUCUCGCACGAAAUCGGAAUCGAAGACGCAGAGACGGCAUACGAGAAGUUUGAUAAGCGGAUUGACGGAUACACCAAGGUCAUUAUUCACCCGAAUGGAGGGUUCCAGGAUAAGAAGCCGCCGGUUGUGUCGUCGCCUUUGUAA